AUGCGCGAAAUCAGGAAAAGAAAUCCACAGAUUGAUCCAGUUGAGUUGCAGCGGCAAGCAGAAUACGAGAUGAUCAAUCGCGGACCGAAAUCAAGGGCUUUUUACAGAGUGCAGGCUACCCGGCGUUUGGUUGGCGGCGGAGACAUUGUUCAGCAGCAAGAGAGGCAGUCGCGGGCACAUACCUGCAAAAUUUUUUUCGAUCCAGCUCACUAUACAGUGCUGGAAAAUAUUGGAACAUUUGAUGUGGUAAUCGGUCGAGAUGGUGGUCCGGAAGGAUUAACUGUUAUGGUCGAUUAUUAUACCGAAGAUGGUACUGCCAAUGCUGGAAGCGAUUAUGUGCCCGUGAGAGGGACGCUUACUUUUUAUCCUGACGAUAAAAUUCAGAAGGUGAAAAUCGAAAUCGUAGACGACGAUGUAUUUGAAGAGGAUGAGCAUUUCUAUCUGCAUCUGAAUAAUCUACGAGUUCGUACGAAGGACGGUUUGGUGCUGGAUCCACUACGACUUGGUGGUGUUCCCAUUGCUUCACUUGAACUGCCUUCCACCGCUACAAUUAUGAUUCUUGGUACUCAUUUUAUUCUGAUCAUUGCUUUUUCACUUGCUAGUGUAGACCAACUAAGGAUAUUAGGUGGAAAUUUCCGGAUCACAGCAGAUUGUGAAAGUAAGGAAAUGAAAAGUGAGCACUGA